AUGCAAUUUCUUUGCUGUUUAUCACUAUUUUCCGUCUUAGUUUCAGUUUUAGCGCAAGAACUGAAGAUUUCAUGUGAACAAAUCCCCUCAGCAACUUUAGAGUCGACACCAUAUUCUGUUUCGACAACUGCUAUUCUCGCAAAUGGGAAAGCAAUGCAAGGAGUUUUCGAAUAUUACCGAUCUGUAACAUUUGUCAGGAACUGUGAUUCUACUUCCGUAACGACUAAAACAAGCAGUCCUAAAAACACACAGUAUGUUUUUUAA